UAGACUUUUUAGGUAAAUGUCGUACAAAAUUCUGAAGAUAUUUAUUUAGUAACAAAGAAGGAAAGUCAGAUUCUUUAUUAGCUAUAUUUGGGAAGAAAGCUCCCCUUUCCUUUCUUGAAAAUUCAGCCACACACACCAUUCAUUCUAUUCUAAUCAGAGAAAGAUUAAUGGCGAGGCAGAAGAUAAAGAUAAAGAAAAUAGACAAUGCAACAGCAAGACAAGUAACGUUUUCGAAGAGAAGAAGAGGGAUCUUCAAGAAAGCUGAGGAGCUUUCGAUUUUGUGUGAUGCUGAGGUUGGUCUUGUUAUUUUCUCAACAACUGGGAAACUAUAUGAAUAUGCCAGUUCCAAUAUGAAGGACAUAAUUACAAGGUAUGGUCAGCAGUCCCACCACAUCACCAAAUUGGAUAAACCUCUGCAAGUGCAGGUAGAAAAAAACAUGCCAGCUGAAUUGAAUAAGGAAGUUGCUGAUAGAACCCAACAACUAAGGGGGAUGAAGAGUGAGGAUUUUGAAGGGUUAAACUUAGAGGGGUUGCAGCAAUUGGAGAAAAGUCUUGAAUCAGGACUCAAGCGUGUGAUUGAGAUGAAGGAAAAGAAGAUUCUUAAUGAAAUCAAGGCACUUCGAAUGAAGGAAAUCAUGUUGGAAGAGGAGAACAAGCAUUUAAAGCAAAAGUGGUUAGCUUUCUCACAGAUGGCUAUGUUAAGUAUGGGAAAAAGUCCAAUCUUUGGGGACUCAGAUAUUACCAUGCAAGAAAAUGUCUCAGCAGAGUCCAUGAAUAAUGUCAGCAGCUGUAAUAGUGGCCCUUCUCUUGAAGAUGAUUCCUCUGACACAUCUCUUAAGUUAGGGUUACCAUUUCCUAAUUGAAUUGGGAUGAUGGGGCAAGGAGUGAUUCUAACUUCUCGUAGAAGCAAUAACUUCUUAUACGUGAAGCUGAAAUAACUUUAUAUAUAUAAGUCGAAUCAAAUAUAACUUGUUGUACCCAAAAAAGUUAUAUAACUUGAUGUCGUAUGUGUAACAUUUAGAACAUUUAUAGGGGGGUUCAUUGACCUAAUGUUCUUUCUCAUUUAGAACAUCUUUAAAUAUCUAUAAUUUAAAGAACAUUCCAUAACUUGUGUAAUAUUGAUGUCUUGGCAUGGGGUUUAGCAAUUGUGCUACUAUCAAGUUCUGGCAAUUAAAUUGAUGGCAACACUCUACCGUUGAAUGCCGAAGGUUUUCUAUGGACAUCCAAUGUGAUAUUGAUACUUUUUUAAUUGUGAAAUUUUCAAUUUUCUA